CAAAUAAUAUAUGACAGAAGAUUUAUGUUGGUCAUACUGAUAUCACCAACUAAAAUAUUUCCUUAGUUCCUUUUCUGUAAAAGUCAAUUCGUCAAAAUGUCUUUGGUUAUACCAGAGAAAUUUCAGCACAUUCUUCGUAUCCUUGGUACGAAUAUCGAUGGUAAAAGAAAAGUACAAUUCGCCCUUACGGCUAUUAAAGGAGUCGGUAGACGUUACGCCAAUAUUGUUCUUAAAAAAGCCGACGUAAACUUGGACAAACGUGCUGGGGAAUGUUCGGACGAAGAAGUAGAAAAAAUCAUAACAAUAAUGUCUAAUCCUCGUCAAUACAAAAUUCCUGAUUGGUUUUUGAAUAGACAGAAAGAUAUUAUUGAUGGUAAAUAUAGUCAGUUGACUUCUUCGAGUCUUGAUUCUAAACUUCGUGAAGAUUUGGAAAGGAUGAAGAAAAUUCGCGCCCAUAGAGGUAUGAGACAUUACUGGGGUCUCAGAGUAAGAGGACAACACACUAAAACUACUGGACGUCGUGGACGUACUGUUGGUGUGUCCAAGAAGAAGUAGGCUCGUAUUUUUUAAGAAUAAAAAUCAAUUUUUUCAAA